CAACAUCUCUAUAUAAACACGUUCGUAUAAAUACGAAAAGAGAAAUGGAAAAGUAAAGUGUGACACAAUGAUCAACGACGCGCGAUCGUUUUCCAGGAGGACUUUAGCUUUAACGAGAUUCGAUUAGCACGCGGACUUUGCAGGGGUGGCGCGAGAACAAGGCCGAGUGGCGCCAUCGACGGGUGGCUCGCAAAGGGGAGGAGAAAAUGGUCGAGGAUAGACCGGUGAUAUACAAUUAAGCCGGGGAUCGCACAGAGAGAUUGAGACACACACACACACACAUAUAUUUAUAUGUGUAUGUAUUUGUAUACACAUAUCUGGCAGAGCUCUGGUGGUCUCGUUGAUGCUCCGACCGGUUAUAACGAUAAAGACGUACACCGAAGCUCCUCGGAUGUCGACAAUAACCGGGUGGUAACAAAAAGAUAGAAGAGCGAUAGGAGAAAGUACGUACGCGAGGAAGUGAGGGACGAAUAGUCGAAGAAAAACCAAGAUGUUGGUCGACGACUGCGGGCCUGGCGGAGUCGGAUGGGGAGCUGGUGUACGGGGGGGUUGGUCGACACCUGGUGGAUGCAGAAAUUCAGCGAUGAGCUUCAGUGGCAGCGUCCCAUCUCUCCAUCCAGCUGGGUCCAUGAGAUCAUUAAGAUCUCAUCACUCUAUGCAGGCUCCUCCGGAUACCCCGAGACGUUGCACGUACUGCCAUCCCGUGCACAUGGAAACGCCGACCAACUAUGCUCCUCAUCCAGUUCAAUAUUAUACACCGAGCCAUUGCCUUCACGGUGGACGACAGAAUGGCGGGGCUGCUGGAGCGUACACACCGCAUCGUGGCAGUUCCUAUCAUGGGGAUCCCAGAGUACGAUGCAUGGAUAUGGAUGAGAGCUUGCCAGGCAACGCGAAUUGGGUUCUCGGUGAUCUGCGGAGCUUGCAUCGAUGCGUGCCUGCGCUCCGGCGAACAGGGAUAGAUGUUGCUGGUAUGCGAACGCAUUUCUAUCCCGAGGGUGGCUGGGGCUGGCUCGUAUGUGCAGCAGGUUUUCUCGCCAUGUUGCUCACCACUGGGAUGCAACUGGCCUUCGGAGUUUUGCAUCUCUACGCAGCUCGUCAUCUCGGCGAGCGUCACUUAAUGGACAUAGCAUGGGUCGGUGCUUUGAGUGCAGCAGUGUCUCGUGGAUCAGCACCCUUGGUGGUUGGUGCGUGUCGUCGUGGUAGCACGAGACUCACCGCUGUGAUUGGUGGCCUCGUUCUAGCCCUGGCAUCCCUUUUCACAUCGUUCGCUCUUCAGAUGCAUCAAGUGUUAUUAAGCUACGGUCUGGUGCUGGGCGCAGGAGCGGGUCUUGUUCGUGAAACUGCGGGACUCGUACUCGGCCAUUACUUCAAAAAACGGAGGGAGUUUGUCGAAAUGGUUGUUCAAGCUGGCACUGGAGUGGGAAUAGCGCUCUUCAGCGUAUUCUACAAGGAGGCUGUUGGAAAACUGGGCUGGAAAUUGGGGCUUCAGUCAGUAACGGGCGCAUUGUCGUUGGCUUUUUUCCUCGGUCUCAUCUAUCGAAGCGCCGCCCUCUACCAUCCCCAGCGCCGUGCCAUAUGCCAUUUGAAAAAUCAACGGAGCAAAGUGAAGGAAAAGAGAUCAUCCUCAAAGGCUCCACGACAGCCUCUCGUCGAUCUUAGCCCGUUGGGUUGCCGACCCGUCAGGAUGCUCAUGCUGGCAGCUGGUGCAGCUGGCUUUGGUCUCUACACGCCAGCGUUUUAUAUCGCGCUUCAAGGAUACCAGGACGGAUUGGAAGCGAGUGCGCUGGUCCUUUUGCAGACGUGCCUGGGUCUUGCUGCGGCUCUUGGUUGCGCAGCUUGGGGUUUGGUUACCGCUAGGCCAUCAACGCAGUGCCUCGUGUCCAGACAAUAUCUCUGUCAAGCAGCUCUUCUCGGAGUUGCUGUAGCUCAAGUGGCUCUCGGCAGUGUCCAAGGAUACCAGGGUCUCGUCCUCGCUUCUGGCCUCUACGGCGCGUCCCUCGGUGGUGCUCUUUAUUCCUUGAAAAUGCUUGCUCUCGAGAGGCUCAGAGCCAGACACUUUGCGAGAUCUUGGGCCCUCGUUCAGGCAGCGGAAGCCCUGCCUAUCCUACUCGGAGUUCCUCUUACCGGUUAUAUGAACGCUAGUAGUCCACGGGUCGGUUACUACGCGUGUACUCUGAGUUCCUUGUGCGGUGCUGCUCUCCUCUUUCUCGUUGGUUGGGGACGACAGCCAGCAUCUCCGAUCCUCGGUGGUUCGAGGCUCUCUCACAUUGGUCCAUUGCCACCGCCUUGCGCUUGUCCGCCACCGCCGAGGCCGAGAUUACCAAAGUCCCAAUCGCUUCACGUUCCCCUGGACGUUGAUCAAGAAGUUCGGGAACAAGAAGCCGAGCGGCAUUUACGCUCAACCGAGCACUACUAUCAACCGACGAACCAUCAUUAUCAACACGCUCCGCUCAGGCCGAGCAAAAGCGUGCCUGAGGGACUCGGCCAUCACGAAUCCUUCAGAUCGAGCACGCACAGACCACGAAGAUAUCGGGAUGUCACGGUCAUCGAACAAAUAACUACGAGCGUUUAAAAAUCAUUUCUCAUUAAAAACGAAUAAUAUCACCGAAUAAAUGCGAUUUUUUGAACGAAUCUCUCUCCUAUCGCGGAGUCCUCGUUUUGUAAAUAAUUUCGCGGAUCCGCGAUCAAAGGGAACCCUGUAAAAUUGUCACUUCGAUCGAUGUAAAAAAUCAAUCUUAGCUAUUAUUUAAUUGCGUACACUGCCUCGAUGACGAAAAAACGGCAAAACGAAUGCGAAUCCGUUCGAAAAGGUACAACGUUUCAAUGACUCUGGGGUUUCAGGGCUGCGAUUGACUCGAUCCUUCCUACGACGCGGAAGUAGAUUUGACCGACCCGCGUCGAAAGGAGCUUUUUCUCUAGUCGAUUGCGAGAGAAACAUGACGGACCGUUGCUUUUCUUCGGUUGUAGAUUAUCACAAAUUUUCUGAACGGAAUUAUUGUUAUUGAGAUUCCCCAACAACGACGCACUUUAUCGCUGGCAAUGCGCCCUUGUUUACCGAUUUACUCCAAUCAACGGUGUCUCGAUAACGUGCCUGCCGAGCCUCUCCUGGUCGAAGAACCCGUGAAACUUGUCCCCGUUUCGUGUUUAUUUGAUAUCUCGCAAGUCAAACUCCCGUUGGAGCCUGAGACCAUAAAAUCUUUCGUCUUUCGCGAUCCAUCAUUUUAAGAAAAUACUGGAAACAUCAAUUUUUUGUUUGCAGUUAAAUUCUGUUGCUUGGAACAGAAAAAAUUAUUUUCUUUCCGCAUCGAAUAUUUUUGUACGUCUUUACGAGACACUCAAUUUGUUUUUUAGCUCCGUAAACAAUUUGCUUGAAAAAUAUUCUGUGAAAAACAAAUAAUGUUCAGAGAACCGACAGUUUUUUAUAAUCGAAAGAGACAUUAAUGUUCGAAAAAAAUUCUGAGAUGCGCGAUGAAAAGGUUAAGAGUAGCACGCCCAUCCAGAUUGUUCGACCGUGAGACAAAAUUCCCAAUGAAAAAAAUGUAAUUUUCAUUUUUUCUUACAAUCUUAUUUUAUCUCUAAGAAAAUCAAUUUUUUUCAUUUCGAAGAACAACUGUGAUCGCUUGAGUGAGCGUACGAUGAUAAUGCUGAAGUGAGACCGUGGAUUUAUGAAGGUGAAGUUCGAGCCACCCGAGAUUGCAGGGUUCGCGACUCGCAAGCCUCUCCUCCGGACCAACCGCUCUCCCCUCGUUACAAGUUUUACUUCAUAGUUAUAAAAUGAGAAAGAAAACUUGUCUUCGCACUUACGUUUUCGAUUAAGAAAAACCUUUGUCCGAUUGUCUCAUAAUUUAUCAAAAAAAAGGUCUUCGUGAAAUUCAACUUCUCAAUUUCCUAUUUCCGAGUGUGUUCGCGUCACUUUAUUGAAACUUUUCACCACGAUUAAGCCGAGAGAAUUUUCUCAAAAUGCGAAAUUCGUAUCGACUUGAACCGAGGAUUUGUCACUGUUGGAAUGCAGCUCCGGUUACGUGGCGUAUCGAGAUCGGGUGCUCCGACAUCGAGUUCAUUGGAUGUGUGCGGUAUCGAGAUUGGAUCGUCCGGAACGUGCAGUAUCGCGACGUCAACAUUCGAGACGUGCAAUAUCACGAUGACGCGUGUCGAAAGGUCUAAUAUAAAAAUCUCCCGUUAAGUUGCGGGAGCAAAAGUGUGUGUCGACGCGGUACUGAAAAAAAAACGAUGACGAAUAAGAUUUCUGUCUCAUGCCGGAAAUAUUGUUUUCCUCGUUCCCGCGUAGACGGGAACUGAAGCCUGAACAGGAGAGUUUAAAGACCGGAAGUUUGAGAGCCACGUGGCCGAAUGGCUAGGGAGAACAGUUGAAUUCACGCUUUGACUCUGUGACGUGUAACAUCACCGAAUUUAGCUCGACAGACGUUCGGACGUCCGAUGGAACGUCCCAUAUUUCUGGUUCCUCGGAUAAAAACUUGUAAACGAAAAUUUUGUCUUUUUUUCCCUUCUUGUCGAUUUUCUUAGAACAUCGAUUUGGAUUUUUUCUUCGAUUUUUCUCCGUACAAUUAUUCACUGAAAGACCCUUUUACGGUUUCCCCUUUUUCCUUUAUAAUUCUCUUUAUUCGUAUGGUAAUUGUUGGAAUAGCUCGGAUCGCUUCGACCCAACGAUGUUUUUCCGUCACCGUCUUUCAAUCGCAGACAACAUUUUGUGACGAACCAUUUUUUCAUUGCGGUACGAUGAUCCCCAUUCCGGACGAUUUUACAGUAACAAUUCGAUUAAUCUUCGUGUCGAUCGUAGCCGGAAUAACAGUCGUGCAUUCCAGCCCCAUUGAAUCGUUGUACCGAUCGAAUGAAAAACAGCGAGAAAUACGUGGAGAGUAACGGUCCAAAAAAACGUCUCUUCGGAGGGAAACGACGCGAUCAAAUCGCGGAGGAUCUCUCCGAAAGCAAAGUGCUUGUGUAUAGAGACGAUGUACCGAGAAAUCGGUAGAAUAACAACCAUCCUCUUUACGCUUCUACUCGAGAAAAUUCUCCUUCUAAAAUUUGUACUCCAAAAUUCAUGAUCUUCAAUAUCUCACCGGAGUAGAUAUGUUAAGGAGGAUAGACGUUCUCGACGCAGAGAAUAAUGUUAUACAAAAAUGACUGUGCUUAGCACUGCAAAGAAGGAGCAAAUCGCAUUUACCGUUGAAAAAAUCAGGCGAAAUUGGGAAAAAUUAUGACUAUUUUAUAAAUCUCAAAUGCUAAUAUUUAUGAUGUAGCGCAGUGAAAUUUCUGGUACGACAGAAAAAAAUGCCCUCUAUCGAAAUUCGGUGUUCCUUUCUUGGACAAAAUAUAAAAACUCGCUACCGAAGCUUUGCCAUGAAGAUCGGCAAAUUUUACUGUGCUGCUCAUGUUUUCUAUAGUGCCUGAAGAUCGUACACGCUGUGCAAAAAAACACGGCAAAUUUAUCCAGAAUUUCUAGAUAGUUUGAGGAAACAUUUUUCUCCGCGUAUGUAAACUGUAUUCAUCACAACUCUGCUCAACAACAACUCCGCUCUUUAAACAUGAUUUAUAGGAGAACUGUCGUUGAACGCAUUUGCUGAGAGUAGAAUUUUUGACUCGCCGCAACAUGAUUCGUCUCGUAAAUCUACUCGAUAACGUGUCGACUCCAAAGAUUUUUAUUUUAUCUGGGAACAACGUCUCUGCUCUUUGACAUAGAUUAUUAAAACACAAUGCAUUCUAUUGAUUUUGCAAAUUUGAGAAUAGGGCUGUUUGGAGCAGGGUUGUUUAUGAGCAGAGCCGUAAAAAAAACGGUUGUUAUUCUGCCGAGAAAUCGGGGCUUCUCCCGCGCCUCUUCAACGUUGUUCCGUCUCUCGAAGCCACGUGCGUAAAUGUAUAUAUAAAUAUACGUAAUAGAAAGAAUUUUUACCUAUCGAAACGUCGUUACACUGCUUCGUUAGAAUUUAGAUUAAUUUAUAAAUUAUAUUGCACAGUAUGAAAUUCUAGAAGCGAUGAAAUAAAAAAGAGAAAUAAAAAAAACGUAAAAGCAAGCAAAAUUAUAUUGUAACGAAGGAGCUGGACUCCUGAGCGUGAUUCUUCGACGAGUUCUAGUGUUCGAGGGAAAAAGGUCAUGUACAGACAAAAGUUGUUAGUUUCAUUAACCUCCGAGCUCGAAAAAAACCUUCGUUUAUAAUCGACGUUACGAAAUUUGUAAUUUAACGAAAAAACCUGGAGCCGAGUCGAGUCCGUCUCCGAAGUCAGGCCCAGCAACAAUUUCACCGAUCGCAAUCGAUCCGGACGUACGAAUUAAUUUAACGAGUCCAUGCGUCUCAAUUAGAAUGACUCGACCCACUCGGAGCGAGAAGUGUGGGGAGGCAAUCAAUGUAAUUAACGCUCGAAUGAAAGUGAUUACGACACGGUGAGAGUACGCGACUAUCAGCGCUGUACAAUCUGCUGCAACGGACGAGAGAAAGAGUGUGAAAGAGAGGGAGAAAAUAUGUUUGCUCGAGGUUGCUGCGUUGGCAACAAUUCACAAUAGGAAAGAAAGUAAAACGUGUGAAAAUCUCUCAGCCUGCUCGAACAAUCUGUAGCUAUUUGUGUAUAUAUCACUCUCACGCGAUUCACGUAAACUGUUUUGUAGCGGGCAAGAAUUUUCACACGUUUCCUCUUAAGUUAGCGUAUCGACUAAUUUACUUCAUCGCGAGUUCCUUCUUCUCCGCGUGAGCACCGAAGCAAGAACGAAGACGACCAAUUCUCGUUUUAUGUACGAUUUACCAAACGAUGCGCGUUCAUCAGCCAAAUCCGUAUUUAGAUAAUAAGCAGUUUCAAUCUAACGAGGAAUUGGAUUAAAACUAUUAUCCAAUCUCACAUUUCGUCGAGCCCUGCCGAAAACUCAUUUCGGAUUACAAAACACUCGCUCACUCGACAUCGACGGGACAAAUAUUGUUGAAAUCAUUCGGUAUCGGUGUCAUUAGAAGUAUUGAAUCGUCGACGCCCCUUUGGAAAUUACUGGGAUCGAAUUGAAUUCGAUUAAGAGAGUUUUCAUGUUGCGAAAAAAUGUUCUUGCUAGAAAGCAAAUAUUGAAGAAUCUAUUGGUUCUUUAUUUAGCGCAUUAUUGAUCAUAUUUUUGGAAAACGUAUUUUUCAAUUUGAAAUAACCGGAUCGAAGCAAC